GUUAUCCCAUCAGGAAUGGAUCCAAAGGACAUUUUUUCCCUUUCCCUUUGUGCAGACAUCAUCAUCCCCGAGAACGGCGAGCCCGUCAGCUCCAAGGACAUCAAAUGUUGCAUCAAACAAAUCCAGGAGCUGAUCAUCUCACGGCUCAACCAGGCUGUGGCCAACAAACUGAUCAGCUCCGUGGAUUAUCUGCGUGAGAGCUUCGUGGGGACUCUGGAGCGCUGCCUCAAGAGUUUGGAGGAGUCCUGGGAGGUGUCUGUGCACCCCUCCCGGAGCUUGGAGAAACCCAAGGAUGGCUCCGUGCACAUCACGAGCAAUUAUCUCAAACAGAUCCUAAACGCAGCUUAUCACGUGGAAGUCACCUUCCACUCGGGCUCUACAGUGACCAGGAUGCUGUGGGAACAGAUCAAACAGAUCAUCCAGCGGAUCACCUGGGUCAGCCCCCCAGCCAUCACCAGCGAUUGGAAGAGGAAGGUGGCCCAGGAUGCCAUCGAGAGCCUCAGCGCCUCCAAACUGGCCAAGAGCAUCUGCAGCCAGUUCCGCACGCGCCUCAACAGCUCCCACGAGGCUUUCGCCGCCUCCCUGCGCCAGCUGGAGGACGGUCACUCGGGCCGGCUGGAGAGGACGGAGGAUCUGUGGCUGAAGGUGAGGAAGGAGCACGCCCCGCGCCUGGCCCGGCUGGCCCUGGAGAGCAGAUCCCUGCAGGAUGUGCUGCUGCACG